AUGGGAAGCAUCGAAUCUCCAGUUCCCCAAACGGUCUCUUCCUAUUCAGUUCUGUCCGAAUCUAAGCGGCUGUUGACGGAAGCUCUACUCAAAAAUCCCAAGAUCGCCAAGGACAUACCUCGAGAUGCCAUUGACUUUGCCCCUCGUGUGACAUUCACAGGCGCCGAAGUCCCGUCAGUUCCAGUCAACUGGCGCUUCGCAGAGUCUGUUGCGAGUCUAAAGGCAUUCGAAGCCUGCAUCGUCUCUGCCCUGCUUAAACGAAAAUACAAUGUCGAGCUUACUGGAGCCAGCAUCAACAUAGACCACGCACAGUUGUUCUUUAUGAGUGCUUUUAUCUGGCAGAUAAACCCAGGCACGGAAGAAACUAUCGCUAUGUCCAAGAACCUCAGUAAGAUGGACGAUUUCAUCCCAAACUAUGAUUUCCACAAGACGGGAUCAAGUCUAUAUCGGACUUGCGUGACAAAUCUCUACCAAACCAAAGACAGGCGAUUCUUCCAUCUACAUGGGAGCAUGAACCCCAAUCCAUCGCUUGAGAGUAUCGGUCUACCUGUGGAUCGCCCUGAACUGAAGAGCUGGGAAGACGCAAUACAACCAUUCAUUGAGAAACUGGCGACUAUCGACUCGGAGGAGAUGCAACACCUUGCGUCCGAUGUCUAUAAACAAGCCGGGGUCAUAGCCGAGACGGUAGACUCGUUUCGCGCCUCCGAGCAUGGGAAAGCAAAUGCUCACGUGGGUCUCUUUGAGAUCCAUUACGUGCCUAAUACCUCACACAAAGCCUCGUGGUGGACGCCCUCCGCCCAGACUUCCCCAGAAAGGCCCCUGGCGGGCCUCAAAGUGGUCGAUCUGACCCGCGUCAUUGCUGCCCCUGCUGCGACUAGGGGUCUUGCUGAGCUCGGUGCGAGCGUUAUGCGGGUCACAUCCCCAAAUCUUGUAGAUCGCAGUGCUCUCCAUAUUGACUUGAAUUGGGGGAAGUGGAACUGCAGUCUCGACCUCAAGACGGAUGAAGGAAAGGAGAAACUACGAAGCCUAAUCCGAGAGGCAGACGUUGUAAUCCAAGGCUACCGCCCCGAUGUGCUGGAUAAAUACGGGUUCGCCCAAGAUGCCAUCAUAGAGAUGGUAAGGGAUCGUGGGCGGGGCAUCAUCUCGGUACGAGAGAACUGCUAUGGAUGGCAUGGGCCUUGGAGCUAUCGGUCGGGUUGGCAGCAAAUAAGUGACGCUUGCGUUGGGAUCUCCGCCGGAUUCGGGAAGGCCAUGGGCCUGGCCAACGACGAACCAGUCACUCCUAUCUUUCCAAACAGCGAUUACAUGACCGGCAUCGCUGGGGCCACCGGUGUGUUGUGUGCGCUGAUGAGACAGGCUGAGCAAGGGGGAAGCUACAAAGUCGAUGUCGCAUUGAACUAUUACAACCAAUGGCUGGCCGAUUCGGUGGGAGAGUAUCCUGAAGAGGUGUGGCAAGAUCUGUGGAAGAGAAACGGAAAUCAGGUGUUCCGUUCUUACCAUAACAUGAAUUAUACGAUUCCGAGAUACAUCGAUAUGAUCACGAAGAACAGCAAAAUUAUCAACCCUUCGUUCUUUGAAGAUCGCGAAAGCAAGGCUAUCGGGAAAAUUGUACGCACACCCAAGCCCGUCAUCAAAUAUGACAAUGAUCAGGUGCAACUGAAGUACAAUAUAGGAACAAGAGGUAAUGGCAAAGACGCACCACGCUGGCCAGUCGAUUUGAUGACCGAGGUUGUGCAGUAG